ACGAGUGACGUUUCACAGUAUAAACCGAAUAACGCAAGCUUUAGGGGAGGAAAAAAUGAUGCAACCUGCGGGUACCCAGGGUGUUAUCAUAAUAAAAAAAACCCUGUUCCAUCAGCUAUAGUGGAGUCGUGGUUCUGAAGAUGUAGUACUCCACUAAUCCCUUGCGCCAGUUGGUGGAAAUCCCCACGUGGUUUCGACUCCUGUAUAAAAACUUUGGGUGUGCGGGAGCCCCUGUUGUCGUGAAUGCAAAGGGAGAAAAGGGUCUCAGUGAGCAGCAUCUUGCAGGACGCACCGGAGCUGGCCAUCUACAGCCGCGCGCACCGGACACGGUACCCAGGCGCAUACACAAAAGACCCCCGGAGAUAACCGAGCGCUGUUUACUCUUCCUUUGGGACUGCAGCUGUGUAGAAGAAGUGGAGUUUUUUCUGCAUGUUUUGAAUGGAAAAGAGUGGACUGAACGCAUUUGGACACCGAUUGGGCUUUUUUUCUUAGACUAAUGGGCGAGGCAGUGUGUGUUUUUGUCCUCGUUUGUUUUGGGUAGAUUACACGUCUGAAGUGAACGUGGUAUGACAGAAGAAGCGCGUCAACCAUCAAACCCCCUCGAGCGCGUCUCGCAAUCAAGAAGAGAGAUGAACUUUUAUUUUGUGCAGAGAAGAGACGCGUUGCUGGAUAACAAGCUGAAUGCAUAAUGACUGGAGUUAAUUAGCCUCACAAUUGCAGCAGCACUAUUGUAUGUUUGGGGAAUACAAAGAUUUCUUUGGAUAUCUUGAGGCGUCUCACUUUUGGAGCCAAAUUGGAUGUUCUCCCGGAACUCGCAAAUUUGUAAAUGAAAAGUAGCAUUAACCUCAGUGUGUGUGUUUAAUAUAUUCAGUCUUCUCUUCCGUAGUGUUCGGACUGUAAUCUUAAAUUUAGAAAAAAUGAGCUUAUACAGCGUGGCGUUGUCCUGUUUAGUUGCGUGCGUUCUCUCCGUGCGCUGCAGCUCAGUGACCGGCACAGAGACUCAGAGUUCGCCCCAGGAGUCGUGCGCGUCCUGCGGCCUCAGGGCGCCGGAUCAGUCGGAGAGGGUGAACAUAGACUUCUUAGAGGCGGUGAAGAGGCACAUACUGAACCGGCUGCAGAUGAGAGACAGACCCAACAUCACUCAUCCCAUCCCGAAGGCUGCGAUGGUGACAGCGCUGAGGAGGCUGCACGCCGGGAAAGUGCGAGAGGACGGCCGGGUGGAGAUCCCCAACUUUGACGGACAGGCUGCCUUCAACAACGAGGUUCAAGCAGAGACCUCAGAGAUUAUCAGCUUCGCCGAAUCAGAUGAGCACACAUCCUCCAAGUCCGGUCUGUACUUCCUCAUCUCCAACGAGGGAAACCAGAACCUGUUCGUGUCCCAGGCGAACCUGUGGCUCUACUUCCGUGUGCUGCCAGCUGGUCCUGAGAAGGGCCUCCGCAGGAAGGUGACGGUCAAGAUCCACUACCAGGAGGCCGGGGCUGCCGGCGGUGCAGAGGGAGGCCCGGGAGGUGGUGGUGGAGGGGGCACAGGCCGCUGGGCCCUGGUGGAGAAGCGGGUGGAUCUGAAACGCAGCGGCUGGCAUACUUUCCCCCUCUCUGAGGCGAUCCGGGCCGUGUUCGGGAAAGGGAGCCGGCGGCAGGACCUGGAGGUCCAUUGUGAGGGCUGUGAGACAGCAGGUGUGGCGCCGGUGCUGGUGGACCCGGGCGACCCGUCCCACCGGCCCUUCCUGGUGGUGCGCGCGCGGCAGGUGGACGGAAAGCACCGCAUUCGCAAGCGAGGGCUGGAGUGCGACGGUACCAGCGGGGGCCUGUGCUGCCGGCAGCAGUUUUACAUUGACUUCCGCCUUAUCGGCUGGAACGACUGGAUCAUUGCGCCGGCUGGCUAUUACGGCAACUACUGUGAAGGCAGCUGCCCAGCCUACAUGGCAGGUGUGCCAGGCUCGGCUUCAUCCUUCCACACAGCAGUAGUUAACCAGUACCGCAUGAGAGGGAUGAGCCCGGGGUCGGUCAACUCCUGCUGCAUCCCCACCAAGCUCAGUACUAUGUCCAUGCUCUACUUUGAUGAUGAGUACAACAUCGUCAAGAGGGAUGUGCCCAACAUGAUCGUGGAGGAGUGCGGCUGUGCUUGAGUCCACACUGACCUUUACUUUAUCUAUGAACUUGAAACAGUCAGAAAGGCCUUUUGUACAAACAGGACGUUAUUGUACGGUACACAUAUACGAUAUAUCUAUACCUACUGUAUGUGCAAGCAACACACACACUGGUACAAUCUAGCAAACGCAAGUAUCAGUGCUGUGUCCAUGUGUGCAUGUGUGUGUUUGCACAUUUGUUUGUGCGAGCGUGUUUAUUUAUCAGACUGAGUGACAUGCUCGCUGUCCGAGUUUUGUCCAUUCUGGACAACCGGUCAGCGAUUGGGACGAGAAGGGAAUGAUUAUCACCAAAUGAUACUUUGCUCUAGUUUGCCAUUUCUAGUCAAAAAUAAUGGCCCCGAAUCUCCUCUUGAAUGAAGAUAAAAAGCGCUUAAGGAAAGUGACAGGAUCAGCCGAUGAUAUUAUUGGCUUCACCCCCACACUCCCAACCCCGCUCCUCCAACCCUCUUAAGUACUUUAAGCACAUGACAGACUUUUGUUUUUAUAAAGCACUGACAAUUCAUCAGCUUAUACAAUUCAGAACACCAGCACUUCCCUAGUACGCCGACAGACACAGUCUGACUCUCCUCUCUGGUGGAAUUAGACCGGCAGCGCUUAAUGCCUUGCAGGAUUAUACACUCGGCACUGCAGUGGCAAAAGAAAGUCCUCCGACAGAGCUGCUGUUAUCGUUGUCGUCAUUCUCGCUGUUGACUACGGGCCUCGACCUCAACUCCCUGCCUGUCAAGAGUGCUGCAGGCCCCGUUACCACGACAACCAGGUGAAGAUAGAUCUCAUAAGUGCACUUCACUCGUGCGCUGGGAGUGACAGAGAGAGAGAACUGCUUCCUCCUGCCCCCACCCCCACCCCCUCCCUCUUCCCCCCCUAAGGCUCAGCAGAAGUGGGCCUGCGGACUCGGGAGACUCUAGUUUCGGCCCGGCGGGUCGCCACAGUGCGGUGCAGCACUUGCAGAAACUGAAAUGCACACCCUGAAUAGCACUUGUAUAAAGAAAUGCCUUCCAAGGGGUACUGAGUGUCCUGUCCUAUCGCUAAUUAAGUGCCACAUGAGCUAUGCAAUGUAUAGUAACCUAUACCCAUACUCGACAUGCUCUAUUAGACUGAAUUCUCUUUCGAUCUUUCUCUUUCUCUCUCUCUCUCUUUUUUUUCUCUCUCUCUCUCUCUCUCUCUCUCUCUCCCUCUUUCUCUCUUCAGUCCUCGACUCUUUAUCAAUACUUGAAAUGUAAUCUUUCGCUUCCUUUCCAAAGCGAAUGAUUGUUGUGAUGUUUGCACUGAAAAGUUGCGGGAUUAGUGAAACAAAAAACUGCCAUUGAAAAGUUAUUUUUAUAGAAGUAAAUUGAAUUUUGUUUCAAAUGUAUUUUACCUAAUUAAUGGAACCAAAGAGGCCAAGAUUUUUAGCUAUUGUACUAAGAUGGCAAGGCCAUUGAGUUAUUGUGUACAAUACUGUUUUUUGAUCAUUUGCAAAAGGCCUACCACUGUAUCAGGGUACGAUAUACUGUAUGAUUUCAUUUCUUAGCUCUAUUUUCAUUCUCUGUUUUGUACAAUACGCAACACUUCAUUUUUCAUCUUUUAAUUCUAUUUUUGUUCCAGUUUUCUAUUUAAUAAGAGUUAUUUUUAGUUCCUGUCUAAGAAUCAUUUAGUCAAAUAAAUGUCAUCUGUACAGUUUAUGUAAAAUAAAAUGUUUUCUUAAA